AUGAAAACAUGGUGUAGUACUACUAGCAGUAACACUAGUACUAGUAGUAGUAAUACCAGUACUAGUAGUAGUAGUAACGCCAUUAGUAGUAACACUAGUAGUAGUAACACUAGCAGUAGUAACGCUAGUAGUAGUAGUAGUAGUAACACUAGCAGUAGUAACACCAGUAGUAGUAGUAGUAGUAGUAGUAACGGCAGUAGUAGUAGUAACACCAGUAGUAGUAACACCAGUAGUAGUAACACCAGUACUAGUAGUAGCAGUAGUAACACCAGUAUUAGUAGUAGUAGUAACACCAGUAUUAGUAGUAGUAGUAACACCAGUAUUAGUAGUAGUAGUAGUAGUAGUAACACCAGUACUACUAGUAGUAGUAGUAGUAGUAGUAGCAGUAGUAACACCAGUACUAGUAACACCAGUACUUACAUAUCUGUUCAAUCUAACCCUGGAAUUACUAGCAGCGGGAGCAGCACUAGUACUAGCAGCGGGAGCAGCACUAGUACUAGCAGCGGGAGCAGCACUAGUACUAGCAGCGGGAGCAGCACUAGUACUAGCAGCGGGAGCAGCACUAGUACUAGCAGCGGGAGCAGCACUAGUACUAGCAGCGGGAGCAGCACUAGUACUAGCAGCGGGAGCAGCACUAGUACUAGCAGCGGGAGCAGCACUAGUACUAGCAGCGGGAGCAGCACUAGUACUAGCAGCGGGAGCAGCACUAGUACUAGCAGCGGGAGCAGCACUAGUACUAGCAGCGGGAGCAGCACUAGUACUAGCAGCGGGAGCAGCACUAGUACUAGCAGCGGGAGCAGCACUAGUACUAGCAGCGGGAGCAGCACUAGUACUAGCAGCGGGAGCAGCACUAGUACUAGCAGCGGGAGCAGCACUAGUACUAGCAGCGGGAGCAGCACUAGUACUAGCAGCGGGAGCAGCACUAGUACUAGCAGCGGGAGCAGCACUAGUACUAGCAGCGGGAGCAGCACUAGUACUAGCAGCGGGAGCAGCACUAGUACUAGCAGCGGGAGCAGCACUAGUACUAGCAGCGGGAGCAGCACUAGUACUAGCAGCGGGAGCACUAGUACUAGCAGCGGGAGCACUAGUACUAGCAGCGGGAGCACUAGUACUAGCAGCGGGAGCAGUCCUCGCAGCGGGAGCAGUCCUCGCAGCGGGAGCAGUCCUCGCAGCGGGAGCAGUCCUCGCAGCGGGAGCAGUCCUCGCAGCGGGAGCAGUCCUCGCAGCGGGAGCAGUCCUCGCAGCGGGAGCAGUCCUCGCAGCGGGAGCAGUCCUCGCAGCGGGAGCAGUCCUCGCAGCGGGAGCAGUCCUCGCAGCGGGAGCAGUCCUCGCAGCGGGAGCAGUCCUCGCAGCGGGAGCAGUCCUCGCAGCGGGAGCAGUAACCGUCCUCGCAGCGGGAGCAGUAACCGCCCUCGCAGCGGGAGCAGUAACCGCCCUCGCAGCGGGAGCAGUAACCGUCCUCGCAGCGGGAGCAGUAACCGUCCUCGCAGCGGGAGCAUAACCGUCCUCGCAGCGGGAGCACGGGAGCAGUAA